UUUACUUCAUUUCUCCUUCUCGUUUUGAUCGAAUGUUGGAUUCCAAUGACAAAUUUAAUUUUUAAAAUGCGUUUAUUAACCAAAUUAUUCGUGCUAAUCUUUGCCAGCCUGAGCAACGGUCACAGACUUGGUUCUUCGAUGAAGCCCAUUCAUUACGAUUUGUUGUUGUUGCCCAUCAUCAGCGGAGGUAGUCCUCGCUUGUGCGGCCAUGUUUUAAUUGAUUUAGAACCGACCACGACUACAAAUGUGGUGACGUUCCACGGGGUCGACAUUAGCAUUCUCGACGUCAGCGUCGAACAAGUGCUUGAUGUGGAAAGGAAGAUCAGCCACGAUCGCUUUGUUCAGUUAGAGGAUCUUUGCUUCUCCGGCCUUUUUGAGAUAGUCAACGAAGCUCAUGCGGUCAUCCACGAGGACGUGGAAAGACAAAAGAUUAGUGUUAUUCUCAAGCAGACUUUGAUCAAGGGCCAUAGAUAUCGCGUCGGUUUAUUUUAUGUGGCCAAAGUCCGAAACGACAACCGAGGUUUUUUCAGAUCCAACUACAAGAAUGAUAACACGUCAUGCUGCCAUGAAGGAUGGUUCGGGGGGACGCAAAUGGAAGCGACCAAUGCCCGUAGAGUUCUGCCCUGCUUCGACGAGCCAGGUUUUAAAGCAACGUUUGAUAUCACCAUUGGUCAUAAUCGUGUCAUGACGGCUUUGUCUAAUAUGCCUGAGACAACUACCCGUCCCAUGAAAAACACGCGAGAAUGGAUGUGGACGAGCUUUGGCCGAUCGCCACCGAUGCCCACCUAUUUAUUAGCCAUGUUCGUGACCGACUACGACAAGGUGGAGAGGAUUUACAAAGUUUGUGAGCGAACCAUUCGAAUGCGCUAUUGGGGCCGUCGAGAUCAAUUGCGCCAUCUUGAACAAUCGAUGGCUGUUGUACCCGACAUGUUGAACUACAUGGAAACGUACGUGCGCCAACCGUUCUCUUUACAGAAGAUCGAUUUCAUCAGCGCUCCAUUUGAACUUGAUUUCGAAGCCAUGGAAAAUUGGGGUCUCGUCCUAUUCCGUGAAAACCGGUUGAAUUUUAACGAGGAGACUGGUAGCGAAGAAGAACGAUUUCAAGUCGUUCAAACCAUGGCCCACGAAUUAGCGCACCAAUUCUUUGGUAAUUUAGUGACGUCCGACUGGUGGAGCGACAUCUGGUUCAACGAAGGAUUCUGCGGUAUCUUCGAAAAUGAUCUGGUGAAACACGCCCUUCCAAAUCUGAGUUUUCAUUCUGAAAUGUCAAAGUUCUCUUCCAUUCGAACUGCCAUGAAAAUCGAAGAGCACAUGAAUGCAGCAUCGGUCAUCCGGGCAGUGGAGACGGCCGACGACGCCGAAAAUAUAUUUGAUCCCAUCACCUAUAACAAAGGCAGCGGUCUUCUGCUGAUGCUGCGCAAUUUUGUCGGACCACAACACUUUCGGAAUGCGGUCGUUACAUAUAUGGAGCGAUUUCAAUUCCAGAGUGCCAACAGCCAAAAAUUUAUGGAAAUUUUGGACGAAGAAAUCCACACGAACCGCGAUAUUGGGCGGGGCAUGAAUGUCACGAAGAUCAUGCAUUCGUGGACGACCCAACAAUCCUACCCUAUUGUACGCUGUACACGAACUGGAAACGGACGCAUCAGAUUAUCUCAAACUCCGCAUCCAGUCCGUAACGACAUCGCGUCCGAUGAAACUGCCAACCAGUUGUGGUGGAUUCCCAUCUGUAUGACGGACAGCAAUCAGCCGGAUUUCACUCAACAAGGAACCUAUCCAAGAGUGUGGCUCUCGCCAGAGCGGCCGUCAUUAGAAAUUCCUUAUUUCCCACCGGUUUCGGGCCAUGAUUCCAUGAACGACGAGGAAGACAGCUGGAUCCUCAUUAACGGUGAAUUGUCUGGCUACGUCCGCGUCUUGUAUGACGAUCGCAAUUGGCGUAUGAUUUCACGUCAGCUAGUGGUCAAUCACACGGUUAUCCCGCAAGUAACUCGAGCCCAGUUGAUUGACGACGCUUUCACGUUGGCCUUCGGGGAGUAUUUAGAAUAUCAAGUGGUUCUGGAACUCAUCGAAUAUUUGACAUUAGUCAGUGAUGAAUUCGUCCGUAGCACAACUCAGUUUCAUUUGAAAUGGAUGAGGGAACGAGCGAAGCAAAACGAAUCGUUGUUUGCACUUUUCCAGGAAUACGAGGAACGAUUGUUAUUCGGAAGGACAGACGAUUGGCAUCCGAACGAGUACAACAAUUUGGUUAGAACUGAUGGGUUCGAUGUAGAAGGCUGUUCCAGUUGGAGUGACGGUGUCUGCGUGGAUCAAGUCUUGGGAAUGUUCCGUGCAGAAAUGGACGGAACUAUCACUGCAGCGCAGAAAAAGACAAUGGUGGACCACUUGGAGCGGAACUGGUGCGCUGUCAUGCGGCACGGUGGAAACGACGAAUGGAAAUGGGCCUGGCGGAUGAGCAUGAACGACUUGAUGGCUCCCCAACGGGCCAAAAUCUUAUCGGCUAUGACUUGCAGCCAAGAUCGUAACCGGUUAAAGCAGCUACUCUCGCGCGUUUUCCAUCCAACCAUCGAGCAAUCUCCUCGCGACACGUUCACGAUGAUUGAGAAAAUGGCAGAUAAUUCCAUAGCACGCCCUAUGGUGUUGAAUUUCAUCAAAACCAAUUGGGACAGACUAGGACGACAUUUUAGGAGAUCGGGCGAUACGUUGAAGCUUUUGGCCUCGAUUUCGAAAUUUCUUAGCACAAACGAGGAACUGGAUGAGAUGUCUCAGUUCUUAAACGACCUGGAAAAGAAGAGCACAAAGUUUGACCGCUCCAUUACUGCGGGCAUUCUGAACGGCAUUCGUGCAAAUAUUCGCUGGACUGAGAAACAUUCGGAAAAGGUUUACUCGGUUUUGGAAGCUCGGCGAACUGACGGACGCACAAAGGCAUCUGUGUUCAAGGUGUGACCCUUCCUCACAAUGUCUUUUUCCUUCCAACGCUUCAUCCCGCGUGAGUAUAUCGUGCAGGGAAGAAAUAGAAAUCUAUUUAUGAGCGUCGUUUAUCUUAAUUUAUGCAUCGUGCCGAAAGGCCUCAGAGAUUUCAAUCGAGGCCUUCAAAUAAAAUGCUCUGAUGGGUCA